AUGUCCGCUCGAUGGAAACUCGACCAGCAAUAUGCAGACAUUAUGCAACACCACCCCUUCGGGAUUGCGCUCUACCGGCCUUUGCCACUGUCGACCUUCAACAUUGGCUCCUGCGGAUAUUUCGAUGAAUUUGGAUCUUGGAACCCGAUCGCGCAUCUGAAAAACAACGAUUCCUUGCAGGAAAAGGGACUGGCAGUUCCGGACGAUGAAUUAGAGAGGGCGCCAAUAGAAAAUGGCAUUGAGUGGGGUCCAAAGACGUCGAAGUGUACGAAAGAGGCGAAAGUCGAGCUCUCUGGUGGGGUCGACCCAGCCACUGGCAUUCCUCUCACGGUUUCCUCCCUCUACUCGUACUCGACCGACACCGAUGUUGGAGCGGUACUCCUGGCAAGCAAUCCAAUCACACACGAACGAUUCUACCAUAAAUCACCUUUCAAGAACUGGGUCAAAAAGAAUGCUCUCACCAUCUUGCAACAGUGGCCAGAGGUGAAAGAUCAUGGUGUCUGGAUCGUUACCUCAACCUUCGCUGCAGAGCAAUGUGAGGUCAAUAUGUGGCAUGAAAAAGGGAAAAAUCUUCAGGUCGGAUUUUCUGUGGAGGCUAUGGGCUUCGGUAAAAUCGGAAACGAUUACAAAUGGCACACCAGCCAGAGAGACGAAGGUUGGGCAAAGUAUUCGAGUAAGGACGGCGAUAAACUAGUGGCUUUCUUUGGAGGUCUCAAGUUUCAAUAUACCUGGGCUUUUGGCAAGGAUCUCAAGGCAGCCUCAAGACCAGUCUUACGAGGUCCUCAUGGCGAGGAGAAGAAAAAUGAAGCAGAAAUAAUAAUCGCCAUACCUGAUCCUGAAUACGACGAGGGCUCCUACUUCGUGGAUUGCGAGGAGUAUCUCGGAGACGAAGACGAACCGAAGAGAGAGGAUGGCGGACAAUGGUAA